AUGUCUAGAGCAUCACAGUUUGUGCAAUUAAUAGAUGAAUGCAACCUAUUGGAUUUGGGAGCCAAGGGCCUUAGGUUCACAUGGUAUCGUAAACAACUCAAAUCCGUUUUAGCUAAACACCUUGACAAAGCUCUAUGUGACACACAUUGGCAAACCUUGUUUCCAAAUGCCUUUGUGGAGAACCUUUUUCAGGUUUAUUCUGAUCAUUGUCCUCUGCUUGUUAGGUUUGGCAGCUUACGUGAAACGAGAAAGGACUGCCCCUUCAAGUUCCAAGCUGCUUGGGCAACUCAUAGAGGUUUCGAGAAAAUUGUUAAGGAUGCUUGGACAAGGAGCUUGCCAACUCUUGUGAAUGGUUUGAAUGCAGUUAUGAAGGAGGCCAUUGAGUUUAACAGGAAUGUUUUUGGUAAUAUAUUCUCGAGAAAACGGGAGGUUCAGGCUAGACUUAAGGGUGUCCAGCUUGAACUAGAAAAGUGUGAAUCUGAGGUUCUCUUUAGACUUGAGAAUAAACUCUAG